UCGCCUUGUUUCUUUUUUGGCAUUGCACGUGUUGCACGUGUUUUGACGUGUAGUUUAGACCAUUUUGGAAAUAUUUGCGUUGUAAUGUUUCGAAAAAGUGUUAGUAUUUUUCCACUGCUCUGCAGGUAAACAGAGAGAGUGAAAGAGAAAGGGAAACAAUAGAAAUAAUUAAUAAUUCUGCAAGUCUCGUGGAAAACUUCUGAUGAAUUCAGAUUAGGAAACUCGGAAAAGUGCAACGUGGAAACUUGGAAUCUUUUGCAAAUUUGAUGAAAUGCUGUGUCCAGAAGUCUGGGACUUUAAAGCUCCCCAACAUUGUUUUACUAUAGAGCAGGGUCAAAUUCAACCUAGCAAUUCGCCAUCAAUCAUCAAGACUCAUUAUUUCAACCAUUCUGUGUCUGUCGUACUUCCUGAGACGAUCGACGUUCCAGAAGAAAUUCAAAGUAGCCUUGUGGAUGAUAAGGAUUAUUAUAGAAUUCAUGACUUGUAUACACACGAACUGGUUAAUAAGGAGUUCAUAGAGGCCUUUGUUAAGAAAGGAGAACUAUCUCUACUCGCGGUGGAUCGAAAAAUAGACUGCCACGACACACUAGCAAUCAUCCCAGCUGGCCACCUUAUUCUCUCCCUGACUCGCUCAACCUAUCAAACUCUCGGCCUCGAAGGAAAGCCGACCUACUUCGAUCGCAAAUUCCCCUCCCGCUACGUCGUGACACUUGAUUUGAAAAAGGAAUGUUUUACGCCGGGAAAGAAGAAUUAUGAACGCGUUAGAAAUUGCUUGCAAGAAAAUUUGAAGAUUCCGUUCGAUGUUGUCGUCGCUUGGGACCCACCAGAAGAAAAGCUGUGUCCAUCGUCGGUAGCGGCGUGGUUCAAUAAUCGAGGAUAUGAAGUCUCGCUCUGUCGCCAAAAUUUUAUUCAUAGGUCGAGAUAUUCAGUCGAUGUGCCAGUUGUUGAUGAUUCUUGUGAUCAUGAGAUGGUUUUUGAAUGGCUUGGAGUUUUCAGUAUCGAUGGAAACUUGACAAGCAGUAAAGAUACCGACUCGAGUGGAUACGAAUUUCCUUCUCCUCUUGUUCGAGCAAAUCAAGUCCAAUAUUUAGAGUGCACAGGAUUUUUUACUCGCAGGAUGAUCAGCAAAAUUUACAGUGCCAUUAAAGAGUACAUAAAAUUGAACAAAGAUUCUCCAUGGUGCAGUAUGGAUGUGCAAGGAUUUUCCGACAGUCCCAUAAGUUGGGGUUUCAAAGAACACAAUUUUUACACAGACGGUGACAAUAGUUACACUUUCAUCCUACGUCCGGAUGGAAAGUUUAUCACGCGAAAAAGCCUCAGCUCAAAUAACAAGCCGAGAAUAUUUCAAUAAAAUAUUCUUGAAUCAGAUUUUUUACUAUUCAACUGUAAAUAAUAUAUAUUUACAUAA